AUGUCUAUCUUCGCUUUCCUUCUCAUCUGCAUUCAGGCUUAUCUGAUCCAAAACGUGUCCACCCAGUACUUGGGCGUUCUGGGCGGCUGUGGCUGCGGUGCUGGUUUGGGUGGUCUUGGAUAUGGCGCUGGUCGGUACGGACUCGGUGCCGGUUGGAACGGUUUCGGCGCUGCCUGGAAUGGUAUUGACGCUGGAUACGACAUUGGCGAAUACGGCGGCGAAGGCUUCGGGAAUUUAGGCGUCGCUGGCGAGUUGCCCGUUGUUGGUACCACCACCAUUAUAGGCCGUGUGCCCGUUAUCGGUACUGUUAGCUUCGGUGGGGAAGCCUGCGCUGGCGGUUCGGUUUGCAUAGCCGGACAUUGCGGUCCUACCUGUGGUUGCGGCCGUGGGUUCUUUUAA